ACCGCAGUAGAUUGACAGAAAAGAGAGAUGUAACAAUUUUCAAUCAAGAUAUUAUAAAUUGAGUUUGCGCAUUAAUAAAUAUCAUUACCUAUGACAAAUAGUCAUUUAUGUUAUUGUUGGUAUUAAAAGUGUUUCCAUAUAUUUAUAUAAAUUAAUUACUGAAGAAUUGAAUUAUAUAACUCGAAAUGGCUCUAAAAGCUUUAGUGGGACAAAAGAUAAUGAAUGAGGUGAUUAAGUAUAAGGCAAUCAAAAAGAACGGUCCUGCUACUGUUCAACAGCCUCACGGAGUCGAGUGGAGAAUACUCGUCGUGGAUCAACUCGCGAUGAGAAUGGUUUCUGCUUGUUGUAAAAUGCAUGAUAUUUCUGCGGAAGGAAUAACAUUGGUAGAAGAUAUAAUGAAAAAAAGAGAACCGCUUAUGACUAUGGAAGCCGUGUAUUUGAUCACCCCUUCGGAGAAGUCUAUUCAUGCCCUCAUGAACGAUUUCGAACCUCCUAGACAGAUGUACAAGGCGGCACACGUAUUUUUCACUGAAGUUUGUCCUGAAGAGCUGUUCAAUGAGCUGUGCAAGUCAUGUGCAGCUAGGAAAAUUAAAACUCUGAAGGAAAUCAACAUUGCCUUUUUGCCGUAUGAGUCUCAGGUAUUUUCACUAGAUUCCCCAGACACCUUUCAAUGCAGUUAUGAUCCGACAUUCGCCGCUGCUAGAAACGCCAAUAUGGAAAGAAUGGCGGAACAAAUCGCAACUUUAUGUGCAACAUUGGGAGAGUACCCCCACGUUAGAUACAGAAGUGAUUGGGAGAGGAACGUUGAGUUGGCUCAAUUGAUUCAACAGAAAUUGGACGCUUACAAAGCCGACGAACCGACGAUGGGCGAAGGGCCGGAAAAGGCGAGGUCCCAACUGCUGAUUCUCGAUCGUGGUUUUGACUGCGUGUCCCCUUUACUUCACGAACUCACUUUUCAAGCCAUGGCCUACGAUCUUUUGUCCAUAGAAAAUGACGUGUACAAAUACGAAGCAUCGGCUGGGGUGUUGAAAGAAGUUCUGUUGGACGAAAACGACGAACUUUGGGUGGAAUUACGUCAUCAACACAUCGCCGUCGUGUCCCAAAACGUUACGAAGAAUCUGAAGAAGUUCACAGAUUCGAAACGUAUGACUCAAAGCGAUAAACAAUCGUUGAAAGAUUUAUCCGCCAUGAUUAAAAAGAUGCCGCAAUAUCAGAAAGAAUUGUCCAAGUACUCCACUCACUUACAUCUGGCCGAAGACUGCAUGAAAUCCUACCAAGGAUACGUCGAUAAACUUUGCAAAGUCGAACAGGACUUGGCUAUGGGUACAGACGCAGAAGGUGAAAAAAUAAAAGAUCAUAUGCGUAACAUCGUUCCGAUCCUGUUGGAUCCGAAAAUAACGAACGAAUACGAUAAAAUGCGCAUCAUAGCUCUGUACGCCAUGACCAAAAAUGGUAUAACAGAAGAGAAUUUAUCGAAAUUAGCGACCCAUGCACAAAUCAAAGACAAACAAACAAUCGCAAAUCUUCAGUUGCUUGGCGUCAACGUAAUUAACGAUGGUGGACCAAGAAAAAAACAAUACACGGUACCAAGAAAAGAAAGAAUUACCGAACAAACGUACCAAAUGUCGCGAUGGACACCAGUGGUUAAAGAUAUCAUGGAGGAUUGUAUUGAAGACAAAUUAGAUCAAAAGCAUUUCCCUUAUUUGAGCGGCAGGGCACAAUCUACAGGAUAUCAACCAGCUCCUUCGAGCGCCCGAUAUGGACAAUGGCAUGAAAAAAGGGGACAACAAGCCGUUAAAAACGUUCCUCGUAUUAUAGUAUUCGUCGUUGGAGGUAUAUGUUUUUCUGAGAUUCGAUGCGCUUACGAAGUAACAGCCGCUCAGAAAAAUUGGGAAGUAAUCAUCGGUUCGUCACACAUACUCACCCCCGAACAUUUCCUUAGCAAUCUAGGCUCGUUGGCCGGCUAGAAUCAGAUGAAAAAAGUCACUUUCAAUAUACCAGAAUGAAUGUAUUGUUCCGUUAGUUGCAGAAAUGUUUUCCGGUACGUAACAAUCGCAAUUUUUUUUAUAUAAAGUUAGUUUCCUUCUCAAUUUUUGAAUUUGUUAUCAAAAAUUUGUCGAAAUAUUGUUUUUUUUCUUUAAUUUUAUAUAUUUUUGUUGCUUUCUUUUCUGGUUGGUUUUAAAACUAUUUUUCAAUUUAGUAGCAAAAAUAAUGUAUGUCGGAUAUGAUGGUUAAGAUUUCAUAGAUUUACUGAGAAAUGUACAUUUCUGUGGUUGAUUUAGAAAAUUUUAACAGACAAAACUUUUUUAUCUUCAAAUUUACUCUGUUAUAACUUGUUAUAUUCAAUCAUUUGAAGAAAUUUGCUAAAAACUGCAAAAAUUUUGAAUGGUCAACACUUUAAUUCACAUCUUGAAUUAGACUGACGUUUUAUUUACCUUAUUGAUAAAAUUGUACUUAUUCUUUUUGUUCUUUAUCAAAAACUGAAAAAAAAACUUCAUCAAUGUAUUGGAAACAACCACGGUAAAAGAAAUUAUAUCCCAUAUUGAUUUACUCACCACAUAAAUACGUAUCUCUACUCGCUAAUUGUAUUUUUCUUGUCCUUUUAACUAUUUAAAUAAUGUUUAUACUUAAUUUUAAACAUUUAUUUACACAUUCCGUUCAAGUGGUAUAAAAAUUAAUGCCGAUUGAUCUAAACUGUUUGAGAUCAUUUGUAUCUCAUAUAAAAAGGUUCUAUGUGUCCCUUUUCUUGUCCACAGCACUAAUGAUGCUUAAAGAUCUCUUAAUCCCAUUCCUUUAGAAAAUUUUGAAUGUGGGAUGGCUCUAGCUCCAACAAAAUUGAUGCCGAUUGAUCUAAUUAGAUUGUGAUCGUGUGUAUGUCAUAUACAAAGGUUCUAUGUGUCCCCUUUUCUUGCUGCAACCCUAGGGAUGCUUAAAGAACUCUUAACCUCAUUCCUUCAGAAAGUUUUGGAUGCGGAAGGGAUCUAGCUGCAAAACAAUCAAUGCUGAUUGAUCUAUUUUGAUUUAGAUCAAGUGUAUGUCACAUAAAAAGGUUCUUUAUGCCCCAUUUUCUUGCUACGGCACUAGAAAUGAUUAAAGAUCUGUUAAUCCCACCUCUUUUAGAAAGAUUAGGAUGCGGGAUGUUUGAGAUCAUUUGUAUGUCAUAUACAAAGGUUUGAUGUGCCCCCUUUUCUUGCUACGGCAUUAGGUUUGGGAUGCAGAAUGGCUUUAGCCGCCAAAUGUCUUCUACAGAUGCUCUCAUAUAUAAUUCUCUGGAGUUAUGUAUUGAGAAAAAGUGGAGAGGUUCUGUCCUCUACUUAUCAGAAUCUGCAUGUUGCUGGAUUCAAUAGAGGUUUGAGUUCAUACGAAACGGAUAGAUUAUGGAUGAUAAGCAACAAUUUUUAUGUUAUUCCAAAGAAAAGUUGUAAAAAAUGUUUUCUUUCUCUGUAUCUAUUUGAAAUUUUGAAAUUGAUGGAAAAAAUAUACAAUUGUCUUCUAAAACAGAUAUAAGUUCAAAAUAAUUAACUAGUCUAAUCGUGAUUGAAAUAAAAAUAAUUAUUUUGAAAUAGUUUUAUGGUGAUCGAUUAAUAUAUUAUUAUGUAGAAUAGAGUAUUAAAAAAAUAUGAGUAAAUAUAUUUAAAAAUAAAAAUUUUACUGAAAAAAAUAAUCACAGCUUUGUAUCGAUGUUUAGAAAACUUGUAUUAUAUUCUUAGUAUUCUAUCCUGAACUAUUUUUUAUAUAUAGUGUAUAAUGAAAUUUCAAUAUAGAAAAAAGUUUGUCAGAGUCGCGUUUUCCACCUUCAAGAUAAAUGUAAAGCUUUCUGUUACUUUAAUUUAUAUUCGUUACAAUUACAUCUAGAUAUAUAUCAAAAAGUUUUAUUAAUUUGAAAUGUAUAUGAUGUCAAUUGAAAAAAAUGUUAAAUAAACAUUAGUAAAACAGCA